AUGGAGACGCCCAUCCAGCGCGAAAUCCGCCGUAGCUGCGAGCGCGAGCAGAGCCUGCGCCGGAGCCGGGGUCUGAGUCCCGGCCGUGCGGGAGAGGAACUCAUCGAGUUGCGCGUGCGACCGGUGCUCAGCCGGCCCGGCCCCGGCCCCCCACUGCCGCGCGCCCUGGAGCGCGCUCGGGCGGGCGCGAAGAUGCAACGGGACAUCGAACGCGAGGCUCACAGGCAGGCGGCGCUGGCGAGCCCGGCGGCUCCGCUGCCCAGCUCCCGGCAGCGGCCACAGCCGCUGGACGAACUCAAGCGCUUCUUUGAGGCUGCAGCGGAGGACGGCGGGGGUUUGCAGCGGCGGCCGGAGGCGGGAGGCCGGCUGCACCCCGCCGUGCAGGACGGCUGCCCGCUGGUGGGGCAGCCGCCGCCGCUGGUUUCCCCGUCGCUACUGGAGCAGGAGGUGCGCCAGGUGCGCGAGCGCGAGCGGGAGCUGCAGUUGCAGCGGCGCAGUAUCUACGGGGCCGCUGAGGUCCAGGAGCCAGCGCCGAGCCUCACCCCGAGCAGGGGAGACGGAAAGUUGGCGGUGAUCUGGCCCCCGCGGAGACCGGCCUCGGAGAACGGCCUGGAGAAGGAAAAGCAGCGCCCUCAGUUUUUCUGCUGAAGGCUUUUUUUCUGGAGGUGAGGGUUCAAGUUCAUCCGUCAGAAGUUGGCUUAAGUUCUCGGGUGGGGAUGUGCUGAGGACUUUCCUCCCUGGCGGCCCAAUCUGAAGGUGAAGGUGGAGUUAAGAAAAACUAAAGGUGUGCAUUGCUGGCCUAGCAGAUGCAAGGUCCUGGGUGUUAUCCCAGCAACUGCAAAAAGGUGUUCAUUUUCCUGUCUCGCUUUUCACUCUCUGGUGGCGCUGGAGAGGCUCAAGCUGACAUUCAACAUAGGAAGGGGAAGGAUUUUGAUUCUGUCAAGGAAACUCACUA